UAGAGAAUGUAGCGUCUAGAACCCUCUAAAUUUAUAUUUUGCUCAGACUAUAUAUACGCAUUCCUUUCUUGCUGGUCAAUCUAAAAUCUUAAACCCUACUACUCAGUAACAAAUCACCAUCUCAACUCAGAUUGAUCUCUAAUUCGAUUCACAGCCAUGGCGAUAAUCUCCGAUUUCGAAGAAGAACAGAAAGAGCCCAAGCCUAAGUCCAACCCCAAGCCCUCCGCACCCCCUUCAUCAUCUCCGUCUUCUUCCUCCUCUUUUGCCGCGACGGCGUCGUUUAGCGCCAGCUUAGAUCCCACUAACCCGCUAGGGUUUUUGGAGAAGGUUUUCGACUUUGUUGCCCAACAGAGUGAUUUUCUCGAUAAAGUGUCCGCGGAGAAGGAGAUUUUGUCGGUCGCUCGCGUCGCCAAGGAGAGGAAGGAGAAGGAAAACGAGAGCAAGAAGAGAAAGGUGGAAGAGAAGGAGAAGAAGGUGAGCGAGGUUCCCAAGAAUGUCACCGAGGUGCCCAAGAAUGUGACUGAGCCCAAGAAAGCAGAAGAAAAGUCUCCCAUGGAAGUAGAAAAGAAGGAGGAAAGCGGUGCGAGAGCUCCUAAUCUUGGAAAUGGACUCGAUCUUGAAAAUUACUCAUGGACGCAGAGCCUGCAAGAAGUUACUGCAGUUAUCCCAGUGCCCGCCGGAACCAAGUCAAGGUUUGUUGUCUGUGAUAUAAAGAAAAACCGUCUGAAGGUUGGACUCAAGGGUCAGCCACCUAUCAUUGAUGGGGAGCUCUUUCGGCCUGUAAAGCCUGAUGAUUGUUACUGGAGCAUAGAGGAUCAAAGUUCUAUAUCUAUUCUUUUGACCAAGCAUGAUCAAAUGGAAUGGUGGAAAAGUUUGGUGAAAGGUGAUCCUGAGGUUGACACCCAGAAAGUUGAACCUGAAUCAAGCAAGUUAUCUGAUCUGGACCCGGAAACUAGACAGACAGUUGAAAAAAUGAUGUUUGAUCAGAGACAGAAGUCUAUGGGGCUCCCAAGCAGUGAUGAGAUGCAGAAAGAGAACCUUCUGAAGAAAUUCAUGGCUGAGCACCCGGAGAUGGACUUUUCAAGGGCCAAGAUAUCAUAAAUUGUUUGUCAUUCAAGAAUAUGUUUAUGUUUCAUGCCAAAUACAAGUUUCGUACUAGGAUUACCUCAAAUUUUCUUAUGUCAAUUUUUGGUUAGUGCUAAACUGUUUGUAACUCUUUAUCUUUGUUUUAUUUAUAGAAUUUACUAAUUAUAUUUAUUAAA